GACCGUGUUGUUACGUACCUCAUUUUAUCUGGCGCAGGAUUACUUGACAAAAUAUAAGUUUUUAGGGGAUAAUCGAACUUUUCCUAACCACAGAAGUAGGCUUAACUUAAUCAUUUAGACUCUGACAAGAUGGUCGGAAAUAAAUCCAUGGCGGUGAGUUCUCCAAAGGAGCUCCUUUUGCCAAUGAUCGUCCCCCAAAAGCUGUUGAUGGGACCAGGGCCUUCCAACGUACCACCGAGGAUCCUCGCAGCCGGAGCUCUGCCGAUACUUGGACACAUGCAUCCGGAGACUUUAAAGAUCAUGGACGACAUAAAGAAGGGAUUACAGUAUGUAUUCCAGACGAAGAAUGAACUAACGUUCGCUGUGAGUGGUUCAGGACAUUGUGGGAUGGAGGCAGCCAUGAUGAACCUGAUUGAACCCGGUGAUGUGAUUCUGGUUGCUUCCAAUGGGAUCUGGGGAGAGAGAAUAGCAGAUCUAGGCAAGAGACUUGGAGCCAAUGUGAAAGUAUUGCAGAACCCAACUGGUGUAGCAUUCUCCCUCAAGCAGAUUGAACAGAGUAUUCACGUUUACAAACCAGCCUUAUUUGCCAUCACACAUGGAGAGUCAUCGUCUGGUGUGUUACAGCCAUUGCAAGGAAUUGGAAACGUGUGCCACAGGAAUGAUUGUCUCUUCUUGGUAGACUCUGUUGCAUCUCUGGGAGGGGUGCCUAUGUUUGUGGAUGAAUGGGGUAUUGAUGCCAUCUACAGUGGUAGCCAGAAGGUCCUUGGUGCACCCCCUGGUACUGCUCCUAUAUCAUUCAGUCAAAGAGCAAUAUCCAAGUUUAAGAGCAAGAAGAUCAGAGUGCCUUCUUUCUAUCUGGAUCUGAAUCAUCUAGCCAACUACUGGGGAUGUGAUGCAGGGCCUAGGAGAUACCACCAUACAUGUCCAGUGACAAACCUGUAUCAACUGAGAGAAGGAUUGGCUAUGGUAGCAGAAGAGGGGCUAGAAGGAUGCUGGGAGCGCCAUAGGGCUGCAGCCCGUUCCCUCUACGCUGGACUGGAGAAACUGGGACUUAAAUUGUUUGUUGAAGAUGAGGCGACCCGUCUCCCCACAGUAAGCGCCAUCUUGGUACCCCCUGGUACGGACUGGAAGAAGGUUGUCGUGUAUGUGAUGCAGAAGUACAGGAUAGAGAUAUCUGGUGGUCUUGGGCCGAGUGCAGGAAAGGUAUGGCGCAUAGGGCUGAUGGGGUACAACGCAAACCAGGACAAUGUGAAGAGAGUCCUAAGAGUGCUGGAGGAUGGACUCAACCAUUCCAGGACCACAUCUCGUCUCUAGGCUAGCUUCCCUAAACCCACCUGGAUAGAGGAUGUUAGUGGAUUCCACCCACCAAAGACAUGUACCUUCAUCCCCCACCCACCCCCAUCCCAUUGAAUCCACAGGGGUGUUUAACACAGAUCCUGAGUUGAACUUAUCUCUAAGUUUGACUUAACAAUUAUGGAAAGCCGUUAACAUCUAUGAAAAUACUUUGUAAAAGUUAUUUUAAAAGGCAUAAAAUGUUGAUU